GUGAGGCACAUUUUGGCAGGUGGUCGUGCGCGAUAGAAUCGAAUUUCCCGAAUUUCCUCGUUUUCGCGGUUUUCCGGUAGUAAUUUUUCCGAAAGACAUUUUAUUUAUGAUGCGAUUGUAGUGUUUUUACGGUUUUCGACCGCCCAGAUAUCCUUUUACUACAAUGGAAAAGGCCCCUUUGCAAAUUCUUGGCUUCCUAUUGGCUUUUCUCACAUUCGACUGCUACUCCCUAAGUGAUAUAGCUGCACCCAGCAACCAACCAGAAGCAUACUUCAAUGGAUCCUCUUACCUCAGAUUACAAAACACCCUCUCCAUCAGACAACCUACAGGGAUUAGUUUUAGAACAUGUUUUGGUGGUAGUUUGUUAUCCCAACAGCAAAACGAUGAAUCUUUAGAACUUCUGGUAAACAAGAAGGGGGUAUUUUUUAAAGCAAAAGUCGAUGGAGUUUUAUAUGAGGAGGUUAUAUUUGGACAUUACCUAAACAACAAGUGGCAUACUGUAUUUUUGCAGUACAGCGUUGGCAAUUUGACUUUGAACGUCGACAGAGAAGUUCAGGUAGUCGCGAAUUCCACCUAUAAUAACGCCCUGAUUUCAAGUAGUAAACUGAACGAUGACCACAUAUCCGCAGUGCUGCUAAUUGGAAAAAACUUCAAUGGCUGCCUUCUAGAGGGCCCCAGCAUCGUGUUCGAUUCUUCUUCAGUAACCUACAAUCACAACGUCCUUUUUGAAAAGUGUCCUAUUCCUUUAGACAGCUGCAUACCAACUGAGAAAAUGACAGGCAUCGAUUUCUGCCUUAACGAACCCUGUAUGAGGCACGGGACUUGUAUAAACGACUAUACACAUAAUACCUAUACUUGUGCUUGCUUACCCAGAUAUACUGGUAAAAAUUGUGAGGUGUCAGUAGAACUCGGUAAUCCAUGCGACAGGAGGGUAUGUAAAAAUGGCGGCACUUGUAUACCAGACCAUGAGCAAUCAGGAGAGUAUAGUUGCGUGUGCCCACCGGGUUUUGCCGGCAGACAAUGUGAGAGUGAGACGAGGACACUUUCAAGAUGCAAAAGUAACCCUUGUCUGAAUGGUGGUAUUUGUGAUAUUGACGUAGAAACUGAUACCGAACAGUGCACUUGUAAACCUGGUUUUACUGGUAAUAUCUGUGAGUUGGACAUAGAUGAUUGUGCCAGUAAGCCCUGUCUAAAUGGAGGAGUCUGUACAGACGAACUGAACAACUUUAGCUGCGAUUGCUCAAGAACUGGCUACAUAGGCCGCAUAUGCGAAGUUAACAUCAACGAGUGUCUAAACAACCCCUGUCUAAAUGGUGGUAUUUGCUUCGAUACUUACGGUUCCUUUUUAUGCCAUUGUCCGUUUGGAUAUAGCGGAAAAGUCUGCCAAUUGAGUGUAGACGAAUGCGCAUCCCAUCCUUGCUACAACAACGGAAUUUGUGUCAGCCAACCAUCAGGUUAUAAAUGUAAGUGCCUACCCGGUUAUUUUGGUGAAAAUUGUGCAAUCGAACACAGACUACAAAGGCAUUGCGAUAUGAUAAAUUGUGGCAGAAAUGCGGAAUGUGUGCAGGAUUCUGUUAACGGCCCGUUAUGUGUAUGCAAACCAGAAACCCCAGGAGAGUAUCCGAACUGUCGGCCACCCAUUUCAGUUUGCGAUAAACAUCCGUGUAAAAAUGGAGGAACUUGUAAUAUGGGUGUCAAUGGGAACAUUAAUUGUUCAUGUCAGCCCGGUUACACAGGGACGUUCUGUCAAACGAAUAUUGACGAUUGUCAAUCAGGCCCUUGUAGAAAUGGAGGAACGUGCAUAGAUAGGGUUAACUCCUUUUAUUGUAAUUGCACUGAAGACUGGAUGGGCGCUCACUGUGACAAGCCUUAUAAUGUUUGCGACUUACAACCUUGUCAGAAUAAUGGAACGUGUAUUUCGACAAACAAUCACGACUUUACGUGUAGAUGUUUACCAGGCUUUGAAGGUCCCGAAUGUGCAGUAAAUAAAAACGAUUGCAAGGGUGUCACUUGUUCUGCAGGAAAGGUUUGCGUUGAUUUAAUUAACGACUACGAAUGUCGCUGUCCCCUGGGAUUUGAUGGAGACGAUUGCAGCGUGGACUUGGAUCCUUGUUCGAAAGACCCUUGCACCAAUGGCACUUGCGUUACUGACAGAAAUAGCAACGAAUGGACGUGCAAAUGUAAACCAGGGUUCACCGGUCACCUCUGUGAUAUGGAUAUUGACGAAUGCAACAUCCCCAAUACCAACAUUUGCACCACAGGGUUGUGUGUUAAUACAAUAGGCAGUUUUAAGUGUUAUUGUGAGCCUGGAUUUACUGGCUUGAGGUGUGAAGUUGAUAUAGACGAAUGCCUACCAAGACCUUGCCAAAAUCACGCUACAUGCAUCGAUAUGGUUAAUAAUUAUAGUUGUAUAUGUCAACCAGGCUACGAAGGUAGGAACUGCAGUCAGGAAAUAGACGAAUGUGCUUCAAACCCUUGCGAGGGAGGUGCCACUUGUAAAGAUCAAAUUAACGACUUUUCUUGCAUUUGUCCCCCUGGAUUGACCGGGAAAACUUGCAGUACAAAUAUUGAUGAUUGUGAGUCAAACCCAUGUCAUAAUGAUGCUCAAUGUAUCGACGGACUGAACGAAUACACUUGCAACUGUACGGAUACUGGCUAUGAAGGCGAACAUUGUGAGAUUAAUAUUGACGAUUGCAAGGGUAACCCGUGUCUGAACGGCGCAGAGUGCCUGGAUAGCGUCAAAGAUUAUGAGUGUAAAUGUCAUCGUGGUUACGAGGGUAAAAACUGUGAAGUGGACAUAAACGAGUGCGAAAAUAACCCUUGCAAAAACGAGGGUGUUUGCCUAGAAAAAUCAAAUAUGACUCUUUAUAGUUCCGAAUUUGUGGCAAAUAUGGGCAUUGAACUACCAGACGCAUUCCAAAGACCAUUUUCUUUCGAUAGGGCAGAAGGGUACGAAUGUCUUUGCGUACCAGGCGUAACAGGAGAAAACUGCGAAACAAACAUAAACGAAUGCGAAUCGAACCCCUGUCAGUUCGGUUCUUGCGUGGAUAAGAUCGGAGGUUACGUUUGUGAGUGCGAGAUGGGAUAUGAAGGCAUCCACUGCGAACAGGAUAUAGACGAAUGUGAAAGAUAUGAUCCGUGUCAGAGAGGCAGUUGCAUUGAUAGGGUGGCCAAUUACUUUUGUGUCUGCGAACCUGAUUAUGGUGGAAAAAAUUGCUCAGUUUUACUUACAGGUUGUGUUGAUGAACCAUGUGAAAACGGCGGUGUCUGUAAACCGUAUCUUGUAAACGAGGUUGAACACAGGUUCAAUUGUUCUUGUUCUAAUGGUUUUCACGGAUUAACAUGUCAAAAUAAAACUACAAUGUCAUUUGCUGGAAACUCCUUGGUUACAAUUAAUACUAGUAGAGAGGAAGGUUACGACAUACAAUUUCGAUUUAAGACUACUCUAGGCGAUGGACUUCUAGCUUUAGGGAAAGGUCUUACUUACUACAUACUAGAACUAGCACGUGGCCGACUAAAUCUGCAAUCUAGUUUGCUGAAUAAAUGGGAGGGAGUUUUUAUUGGCUCUAAUUUAAAUGACAGUAAUUGGCAGAAAGUUUUCGUAGCUAUUAAUGCCACGCAUUUGGUACUGAGUGCCAACGAGGAACAGACUAUUUAUCCUAUUACAUUCAAUGAAAAUUACAAUGGGUCAUCUACUAGUUUCCCCGUUACUUAUAUUGGAGGGAUUCCAUCGAACCUAAGAAAGUUGACUAGAGCUCAACCAUUUUUAGUUGGUUGUGCCGAAGAUAUCCAGAUAAACUCGGAAUGGGUGAUUCCCCAAAACAAGAACACCAGCCAACUCACAUUUCAAAACACGGAAAUCGGUUGUUUAAGGGAGCCCCAAUGUAACCCGAACCCUUGUCAUUCUGGUGGUCAUUGCACCGAUAAAUGGAGGGAUUUUAGUUGUUCUUGCACGAGACCUUUUCUGGGGCAUACAUGCCAGUAUAAUUAUACGGCCGCUACUUUUGGAUAUGAGGAUAUUACUAAUUCGCUGGUAACGGUUAACGUUUUUGAUUCUGCUCGACGUGCAAUCCGCACUAUUGUGGACAUAUCAAUGUUCAUAAGGACCAGACAAAGCAAAGGGCAAAUUUUUUAUCUCGGCUCUGCCGUGUCCAACUUAAGCGUAAACGAUGAAACUUAUAUUGCUGCCCAGUUAGAAAAUGGCGAACUUUUUGUGAGAAUCCAAUUUAAUGGUUCGGGAGAAGCUUAUCCGGUGUCAGGUGUUAAACUUGACAAUGGCUAUAUUCAUCUUAUAGAAGUUAUUAGGAAUGUAACUUUGGUCCAGGUUAGACUGAAUGGAACUGAAUACUUUAGAAAAACAAUUUCAGCUACAGGAAUCCUAAAUGCUCAAGUGUUAUUUCUCGGAGGUCAGCCUCAACUAAGACCUGUACGUCAAGCCGCAGAAACUGUCAGUGUAAAAGCUGAUUUGGCUUCUCCUACCGCUCCUGCUGCUAUUACUUCCACUUUAAGUAGCGUACAUUUUAAAGGAAUUAUCCAAGAUGUUCAAAUAAGUAACGGUUCAAGCGUGAUGAUCGUUGAAUUUUUCCCACUCUCUGCUCCGGAUUUAAUAGUUCCAAUGCCAUUCGGAAACGUUUCUUUUGAUAAAAGUCAAGUCCUAAAAGGAGUAGUCUCUGAUAAUUUAUGCAAAGAUAACCCUUGUAGUCACAAUGGCCACUGCGAAGUUACGUGGAAUGACUAUAGGUGUUUGUGUCCUAGAGGUUUCAAAGGAAAAACUUGCAACGAAUUGGAGUUUUGUGAACUUGAAGGUUGUCCAGAUGGAGCCAUUUGUAGAAAUUUGGAAGACGGCUAUGAAUGUAUUGCCAAUGCCACGUUUGAUGGCACGGAAGAACCCCUGCAAUAUUCCUUGAUGAUAUUGCCCAAUUCCAGUAGAGAUUUUAAUGUUGAUGAGAUCUAUUUGACUUAUAGGACCAGGUCUUGGGGUACUUUACUAUUCGCCAAAAACAACGCCGAUUAUUUUACCGUAUUCAUUUACCACAACGAGGUGGUCAUUCAGUGGAAUUUGGGUUCGGGAAUAAUCACUCAUAGGUUUAAAAAGGACCGAUUCGACGGCCAGUGGCUUACGCUAAUAUUCUCCUUUAAAGAACAAAUAUUUAAAGGCGGCUUUAAGGAGAACGUACUGGAUUUGUCUCCUAACAUUGAGGUGCCUCAGUUUGACGUAGUAUCUUUGUCUGAAUUGUUUAAGCAAGGGGAAAUAUAUAUUGCUGGUAGUGAUAACUUUACAUUCAAUUUUCUAGAAGCCAUAGAAAAUUCUGAUUUAAACAUUACAAACUAUGUUGGCAACACAGAUGCUACCACAGUGGAUCCCCUGCUUAUUACCAAUUCUGUGGAAAGUGGUGAAAGUUUUAUGGACGAUAUCUUUUUAUACAAAAUAGAUCAAAAUAAGAAAACCGAUCGGUUUAAGGGAUGUCUGAGCGAAAUGAGAAUUGGUGGUCUACUGUUACCAUUUUUUUCAACAAAGACGAUGUACCCUAAAGAAGUUUACAGCGAAGAAAUUUUUGAACUAGAGAACUCUGAGACAGUGAAUUUAGGUUGUACUUUGUGCUACGAUUUAGACUGUAACGGCCAAGGAAUAUGUAUUAACAGUACUGAAACGUAUAAGUGCGACUGUAACGAAGGUUUUACGGCAGACGAUUGUUCAAUAGACAUAAACGAGUGUGAAUAUAACCAAUGUCAAAACGGAGCCACUUGUAUAGACUUGAUUGCCAAAUACCAAUGCAGUUGCGCUUUGGGAUAUGAAGGAGACCAUUGUGAAAUCGACAUAGAUGAGUGCCAAAGUAAUCCAUGCAAACACGGAGGUAUUUGCAAAGAUCUUAUUGGGAAAUUCCAGUGCGAUUGUCCAGAUGACUUCGUUGGAAGACAAUGCGAGGCUCCCUUGUUGAUUACUUGUGAAAAUAGGCCUUGCCGGGAGGGCGCCACUUGUAAAACGGGAACAAAUAUAGAGACUGGAAACAAUUUUACAUGUUACUGUACGGAAGGAAUGCAAGGACCUUUGUGUGACACACCGUUUUGUGCCGUGGAAAAGUGUAAAUAUGGAUUUUGUAAUUCGACAAAGGUCCCCUUCUGUGAUUGUAAUCCAGGCUAUGAGGGCAAACAUUGCGAAAUUAACAUAGACGAAUGCAAAUCAGUAAAUGGCGGUAGCCCCUGUCAAAAUCAAGGAAUAUGCAUCGAUGGCAUCGCGAGAUACGAUUGCAACUGCAGCAACACCGGCUAUAAGGGCCUUCUUUGCGAAAUGGACAUCGAUGAGUGCAAAGAUGAUCCACCGCCUUGUGGUAGUGGGAUUUGUGAGAAUUUACCGGGAACUUACAGGUGUACCUGUGGCAAUACGGGAAAAUGCGGACAACAUUGUGCACUUGAAGACCCCUGCAUCUAUGAAGAGACUUGUUUGCAUGGAACUUGUGAAUCUCAUUGUACUGCUGACAAAACCGGCUAUAAGUGCCUUUGCCAAGAGGGUUGGACGGGGACGAAUUGUACAAUUUUAAAGGCUGCAGUAAGCAGGGCAGAAGGCGGCCUUAAUAUCCUCUACAUCGUUAUACCAGUAGUUUUAAUUAUAAUACUGGCAUUCCUUAUUGGAAUGAUUAUUUUAGUAAAUGUGGCCAGGAGUAAAAGGGCUACUAGGGGCACGUACAGCCCAUCUGCUCAGGAAUUCUGCAACCCUAGAGUGGAACUGGACCACGUUUUGAAACCACCUCCUGAAGAAAGGCUGAUUUAACUUCUUUUGUAGAGAUUACUGUGACAUUUUUGAUAUAUAUAUUGUACAUGUGAAUUUUGUUUCUUGUGUUCUUCUCGAAUCUCUUAUAAUGCAAUUUUGAUGGGAGUUUUUUAUCCCUUUUGUCGGGAGAGUUGGAAUUUUCAUAUUGUGUAAAGCGUGAAUUGUAAAUGUAGGUUUUAGGAAGUUUUAUUUUGUUCUUAAUAUUAUAGUUGAAAAGUGUUUUGACUGUUUGGAAUAUGGUAAAUGCAAUUUUCCACUUUUUAUACACUUAACAUUUUAUCCUUUGUAAUAAUAAAAUAGUUGGGCCGUGCUUACUUAUUAAACUCCUUAUCAUAAAAAUAAAAUAAAAAAUUCAUAAUAAAUUUUACAACGCAAUGUUAUCCAUGUAAUACUAAUUAUACUAAAGGAUUUCCAUAUGGUUUCCUAAAAAAAAUUUUAUUAAUUAUCCUACUGACUGAUAUUUUAAUUGUUCUUUUUCUCCUGUAGUUUAUAGGAAUUGUACUUAAGUCUAGUUUUAAUAAAGGUUUUUGCAAUAAAAGUGCAUUUAUGAACAGCCCGUCCAAAAAUCAGAUGUUAAAGGCCAAUAUUUUAUAACAUUUUUCUUCCUUUGCAUGAUUUUAAGCCUUUAACGAGUAUUGUGAUAAGAUAUGACUUUAUACCUAUUUUAGCGAUAAAGCACUACUUUUUUUAGGUAAUUAACUGAUUUUAGUUUAAGAACACUUAACAUAUCUUAGUAUUACUAAGCAGUAUAUAGAUAUUCACAGGUCUCUAUUUUCAUAUACAUAAUGUACUUAAUUAAGAAACCAAAGCUUAUUUGUACAUACAUAUUAUAUUUAUAUACAUAAUUAUUGCACUCUUUUUAAAAUGUAAAAUGAAAUAAAUUUGAAUGUAGUAAUGAACAA